AUGGAUCCAACUGGCUCUCUCGCGGCCGCGGAUGCAGCCCCUCUCGCUGCAAGCACUCCCUCAUCGCCCUUGUCACUGCCCUCCCACAUCCUCGGCUUCUUUUCCUAUUCAUUUACCCUGACGCUUUCCUAUAGACUCAUUGUGUUUGUCGUUACUGCAACGGCACUUCUGCUGUACCUCAUCGUCCGCUAUGUUGUCUUGAACAAGUACACUCGGCUUCCUCCUGCCCACUCGGCCACCAAGAGCGUCGCUCCUCCGUUUGAUCUGCAACCGCCCGACCACGCCGAAGACGACAAAGACGGCCACUCUCAAGGAUAUGCUGAAGAUUUUAUGAGUGCAUUCCUGUCGUCCAUCAAAAUCUUUGGCUAUCUCGAUCGUCCGGUGUUCCACGAGCUUGCCCGCCACCUACAGAGCCGGAAGCUCAAGGCAGGCGAGAUCCUGUUUGGAGCAGACGACGACAAGACCGAUUUCUAUGUCGUCGUCGAGGGCUCUGUCCAAGUCUUUGUCAAGGCUCAGAACUCUGAAGAGGAAGACCCCGCCCUGGAGCCCAUCGAUGAUGAAGAUGCCGAGUUUGGUGUCCCUGGGCAUCACCUCCUCAACGAGGUUGGUCCAGGUGGCUCAGUCACCAGCCUCUUCAGCAUCCUCUCCAUCUUUACUGCCGAUCUUACUCUGCCCAAGGAAACAGUCCUCCGAAGCCGCUCAGCCGAGCAAAGCCCCCAUGAAGGUACCUUCCCCGACGCUUGGUUGCGGCUCAAGCGCAUCGAGUCCGGCAACGCCAUCAACGACCCUACCCCAACCCUCGGCGACUAUCGCCCUGAUGAAACGGAUCCCAGUCUCGAGUCCGCCCCAGAUAGUGGCCGCCAGUCUGUCUUGACUGACAUUGUGGCCCGAGCCGCAAUCGACACCACCCUUAUCGUUAUUCCGGCUGAAGCCUUCCGAAAGCUCACCGAAAAGUUCCCAAACUCUGCCGCCCACAUCGUUCAGGUGAUUUUGACGCGCUUUCAGAGAGUAACCUUCUUGACGCUCUAUCGCUAUCUCGGUCUCACCAAGGAGCUGCUCAAGAUUGAGAAGACCGUCAACGAAUUUGCUGGAUAUGGCCUACCUGACGGCUUCUUCAGACCCGGCACCCUCGAACGCCUGCACAGCUACAGCGCAAACACCUAUCGAGCUUCGUUUGAGACCGUAUCCUUCACAGACAUCGAGGCUGUCGGGAACCACAGCGUCUUGCGCAAGCCCCAUCGGCCCCCGGGCCUUGCGUCUCGAACUUCGCACUCUCGCCUGAAAGUGGUCAGAAAGCCACAAGCCGAGGAUUCGGACGCCGAGCCGCCCCGCAUCAAAACCUCUGCCAUCCCAGGCCUUUUACCCAGCGUCAAAACUCCAGCAUUUACCAGCGUAUCGGCCAUGAUCCCGCCUGAAGACGAGGAAUUCAUCAAACAGUCGGUCAUGGAUUGUAUGGCUCAGAUCCUGGGUGUCGGCAAUACCCCCGUCGACAUGCUGCUGCGUCGGCCGGCUCUAUCGACCAAAUCCAGUGAAGCCCCUACACCUAUCAAAAUCGUUAUGGACGAUUCGGAGGCCAGCUCAGCCCAGUCAUCGACUUCCUCCUUGCCGCAUGCAGCGCCACUCUCUCAUGCCUCGUCUCUCUCAAUGACGACCGCCGAUACCGCCACGGAUAUGAUUCAGAUCAUGUACUUUGAGCGCGGCGCGACACUGAUAAAAGAAGGCGAGCGCAACGAUGGCCUCUACUUUGUGAUUGAUGGCAUGCUCCAAGCUUCCAUGAAAACCCAGGUUGAGGUCUCUAUGCAGCCCAAAGCUCGCCAAACCACCUACGAUGCCGAAGUUACUGAACCCCGCGGAGUUCAAACGCGGUCUUUUCGCAAGAGUCUCUUUUUGAUCAAGCCUGGUGGUCUGGCUGGAUAUCUUGCCGCCCUGACAGGCCAUGCCUCAUUCGUGACAAUCCGAGCAAAGAAGGAUACCCUCGUCGGCUUCAUGUCUCGAGCCAAUCUUGACCGCCUCGUGGAGCGUCAUCCUGCUAUUCUUCUGACUCUAGCUAAGCGACUCAUCAGUCAGCUCUCCCCAAUCGUUCUUCACAUCGAUGUCGCCCUCGAGUGGACCACAAUCAGUGCCGGCCAGUUGCUCUGUCGCCAGGGUGACCACUCGGAUGCACUCUACAUAGUGCUCAACGGGCGACUCCGCAGCAUCGCUGAACACCAGCGGAAUGGGGAGAAGCAGCUUGAAAUCCUUGGUGAGUACGGCCAAGGUGAAUCAGUUGGCGAACAAGAGGUGCUCACGGACGUGCGCCGACCAGCAACUAUCCACGCCAUUCGAGACACCGAGAUUGCGGUUAUGCCCAAGACCCUGUUCAAUACGCUGUGUCUUCGCCAUCCCGAGAUCACCAUCCAAAUGGCCAAGAUCAUUGCCACCCGCUCGAUUUCGACCCCUCAGCGUCUUCCAGCCUCGUCCAUUAUUUCCGAUUCUCUUGGCGCUGCUGCAGACCUUGGCAAAAACAACGUCAACCUCAAGACCGUGGCACUGCUGCCCGUCAAUGGAAUCACCCCCAUAGCCGAGUUUGCCGACAAGCUUGGCGAUGCCCUCGAGCUCAUCGGCGCCAGUGUCGCUCGUCUCAAUACCUCUGCGGUUAUGAGCAAGCUUGGAAAGCACGCUUUCAAUCGCCUUGGAAGACUCAAGUUGAACAACUGGCUUGCCGAACAGGAAGAAAGCUACAGGAUCGUUCUCUAUAUUGCCGACGGCGGCGUGAACGCACCGUGGACACAACGGUGCAUCCGUCAGGCCGACUGUAUUCUGUUAGUUGGUCUCGGUGACGGCGAUCCAUCGAUUGGAGAAUUUGAGCGACUCCUGCUCGGUAUGAAGACUACGGCUCGCAAAGAACUCGUUCUUUUGCACUCAGAGCGCCGAUGUCAAUCAGGAAGCACCGCACGGUGGCUGAAAAACCGGCUCUGGAUCCAUGCCCAUCAUCAUGUCCACAUGCCGAUCAUUGGUCCCAAGAUCUUCAAUGACAGCCGUCGGCAGGGUACUCUUCUUCAUUUGCGUCAUCUGCGAGGCCAGCUCUCCAAGUAUUAUGCUCAGGUGACCGCAAAGGACUUCAAGGCAGAUCACUCUGCCAUGACCUCGCCCAAUAUCUAUACCGGCAUUCGAUCGGACUUUGCGCGUCUUUCGCGCAGACUGCUGUCCCGCUCAAUCGGCCUUGUCCUCGGCGGAGGUGGAGCCCGUGGCUUGUCUCACCUCGGUGUGAUCCGAGCAUUCGAAGAAGCCGGCAUUCCAAUCGAUAUGGUGGGCGGCACAAGCAUCGGCAGCUUCGUGUCGGGCCUCUACGCCCGCGAAAACGACCAUGUCUCGAUCUAUGGCCGAGCAAAAUCCUUCAGCGGCCGAAUGACCAGUGUCUGGCGCCAGCUUAUGGACCUCACAUACCCUGUCACCAGCCUAUUCAAUGGCCACGAGUUCAAUCGUGGUAUAUGGAAGUGCUUUUCCAAUACCCAGAUUGAAGACUGUUGGCUCUCCUUCUUUGCAGUGACCACCAACAUAACGUGGUCUCGAAUGGAAAUCCACCAGAAAGGCUACAUGUGGCGCUACAUCCGCGCGUCAAUGUCGCUCUCGGGAUACCUGCCGCCACUGUGCGACAACGGCAACAUGCUUCUGGACGGCGGUUACCUCAACAACCUGCCGGCAGAUGUUAUGCGAUCGCUUGGCGCCGAGACGAUCGUGGCUGUAGACGUUGGCAAUGUCGACGACACUUCACCUGUGAACUAUGGCGACACGCUCUCGGGCUGGUGGGUGCUACUGCGGCGCUACAAUCCCUUUGAAAAAACCGACUAUGGCAAGAUCCCACAACUCGCCGACAUCCAGUCGCGCCUGGCGUACGUGUCGAGUGUCAAACAACUCGAGGAGGCCAAGCGAGUCGAAGGGUGCUACUACCUGCAUCCGCCUGUUCACAAGUACGGCGUCCUGAGCUUUGAUAAGUUCCAGGAAAUUUACGAGACCGGCUACCGGUUUGGUCAAGACAUUGUCCAAAAGUGGGAGAAAGACGGUACCCUGCAGAAACGGUUUGGGGUUCGUAAGGACGACGGCAAACCAGGCAAGACUGGGCACGCUCGUCGUGCCUCUAUAUAG